UCGCGACGAAAACAUAUGACGAGGAUUUGCCGUUCGGGCGAAGGUGCGCGCAGGAAAAAACGUGCCAACCAUUUGAGGUUAUGGUACGUAGUUUGUUGGACGUCCCGUCGAAGACAGUAUUGUUAUUAUUGUCGGAUCUCUUUUCUCCGCGUCUCCACUGACCUCCUCGACGAAGCGAUGACCGGACCGCAGAAGAAGAAGAAACAUCAUGUGGGAGACACGUUUUACAAACGGAGGUACAGAACCAAAUACAGGGCCAGAGACAUAGACGAGGUUGAUAACGACUUGAAAAAAGAAAAUGCUGAUCGCUUAUUGAAACAAGCUCUUGAUUUUGAUAAACCUGGUGAAGGACAACAUUAUUGUAUACACUGUGCACGUUAUUUUUUGAGCGAUCAAGUCCUACAAGAUCAUUUCCGUACAAAAUUACAUAAAAAACGUAUUAAGGAACUCAGACUUGAACCUUACACCAUUGAAGAAGCUGAACGAGCAGCUGGUUUUGGAAGUUACAUAGCGCCAAAAGAAAGAGUCAUUGCUACACAACCAUUGAAUGUUGAAGAGUAUAAAGAACCCGAAGAAGUCGCUGAUAUUUGUUCAUUAAAUAUAGAUUUACAAUGAUUAAAAAAUUGUUUUCUCGUGUUCAUUCCCUUUUGAAGGUAAAUAAUAAAUACAGUACUUCGAAAUUAUAUAUACCGUAUAAUCAAACAUCA